ACUUGGUUAAAUGUAUUUUUGUUCCUGUGUCAAAGAUAAAUAGCUUAGCUGCUAGCUAAGAGCUAUAGCCACAGACUGACUGGCUACCUUAACAAGUUACACCUUAAUUUGGUCGAAGUAGCUAUAGUUAGUCGUUUUGGAUUUUGGUUUAGUUUUACAUAUUGGUCAAAAUAGUUGAUUUUAUAAUCAGUCGAUCGUAGCAAAUCGACUUGGCUAAGGGGACUAGCAAAUUUGCCUAGGCUAGCGACAGCUAACGUUAUUGCUGUCUUUUUAAAUACAAACCUAUCAACAUUUUAGCGCAACGUUAGCCGAAACAGUUCCCGUGUUCACAAUAAUUUUGAUUGUCUUGGCUUUUCAGUUAUUUAUGUGCGUCGAAAUAUCGAGGCAACUGCAUUAGGUGGUUGUACAACCAGAAGAAAUCGAAAAAGAAGACAGUGGUUUGCUAAUCUAGGACGUCCCCUUAGCAAGCUAAUAUACUGUUGACAGUUGUGGCUAGUCUAUAUUGACGUUAAAGAAAAUUCUGUCGAAACAGCUGUCAAGUCCUACUUGUGUGACAUACUUCCUUUACCUCAAGAAAAUAAGCCAUGAAUUCAAAUGUGGAGAACCUGCCCCCUCAAGUUCUGAGACUGGUGUACAAAGAGGUGUCGGCGCUGGCAGCUGACCCUCCAGAAGGCAUCAAGAUCUACCCCAGUGAGGAAGACAUCACAGAGCUACACACUGCCAUUGAAGGGCCAGAGGGAACUCCCUUUGCUGGAGGUGUGUUUAGGAUGCGUUUGGUGUUGGGCAAGGACUUUCCAGCUGCACCCCCGAAGGGUUAUUUCCUGACCAAGAUUUUUCACCCAAAUGUUGGCCAUAAGGGGGAAAUCUGUGUCAAUGUGCUGAAGAGAGACUGGAAGGCAGAGCUGGGUCUCAGACAUGUAUUGCUUACCAUAAAGUGCCUUCUGAUUCACCCAAAUCCCGAGUCUGCGCUGAAUGAGGAGGCGGGGCGCUUGCUUCUAGAGGACUAUGCCGAGUAUGCUUCCCGAGCUCGUCUCCUGACAGAAAUCCACGCCAUGGGAGGGUCGGGCGGGACGUCGGGAAACCCUCCAGAGCCCGCUGACGGCCCACAGCCCAAGAAGCACGCCGGAGACCCCAACAAGCGCGUGGUCAGCGCAGCCGCCACUGCAGCUACAGCCACAGGGGUCAACGGCAGCAGUGGUAAUAGCAGCAGUAGUAGCAAUAGUAACAUAGUCGCGAAAAAGAAAACCGAUAAAAAGCGUGCUCUGAGGCGACUCUAGUGCAGAGCUCUUGCCUGUUUUUGUGUGUACAUAAAUAUUGUGUUACAGACCACCUUGACCCACUCUUCUUGCAUCUUUCUACCCCCCACUCAAAUAUUCCUGUCCUGAACCAAGCUGUAAGCAGUGGGGUUUUAACCCAGCUCUUAGCAUCGUCAUGUCAUUGUUUGUCCGUCUGUCUCUCUGUGCUACUCUCAGGAUUUUGUCAGUUGUCAAACUGAGGUUCAGAUUCUGUCUUGCCCCCUCACUGCACAUCAUACUAAAACUUCUGCGUGAGCCUCAGUGUUCAGUACUGACUUAAAAACAUUUUUUUCCCCAAUGGCUUAUCUGUUUUUGGCCUCAUGCUGUUCCCCUUUUUCCUUCUCUCAAUCCCCUCUGAUGAAGUGAUAUUGGGAGUUUGGACUCCUGUGACGUCUCCGCUGUUUCCAUGAAUGAGGCAGGAUUGUGAUGUAUGCUGCCCUGCUAGCAUCUCAUUCAUUGCAUCUCAUUACAUACAUCCCAUCCCAAAAGGCUUAAAUAUGUUCCCAUCAACGCUUUACUAACGCUCUCUGCCACUCCGUCUGGCUGGCAUAAUGUUAAAGUUGGAGAGGAUACAAGACUACAGUUUGGAUGGAUGGAACUUGAGUCUUCAGAAUUAUGCAGAUGCACUAAUUUCAGAGCUAUACAUGGGUCCCGACCUUUGGUAAUCAGUGGCAAACAGUGAAUUUUUUUGUUGUUUUCUUUCUCUUUUUUAAUUAAGAGAAAUCCCCUUUGUCCUUCUGUGCCCUAUGCUUUUAUUUGAUUGGUGAGUGAAAGAUGUAGAAGAUUGGGGACUAAAAUGUGGUCUGUAUAUUAAAUAUACAAUGUGUUUGACAUUUUUUUAAAGAAAAAAACAAUGUUAUGUUAUUUGUGUGGUUUUGUUUUCUUUUUCUUUUUUUUUUUUCAAAAAUCUAUGGAAUGUCUUUCUUUUCCACUAGAUUUUAGUUCAUGGGGGACAAAGAACAGAGUUAGAACUAACCAUGCAGUAAGGAGCGAAUGACAUGCUCUUGUAUCCUUUCUUAACAAACGAACUUGGUGUUUGGCCACAGUGUGUAGUCAUGGUUGCAGUGACCGCCAUGCCAUUUAAAAAUCCUGCAGCGCCUACCUGUGGGGAGAGGGGGUCUGUUGUCAAGAAAUUUGUACUUUAUCAGAAAUGGCAGUUUUUUAUAUCCCUCCUUUUUGUAUGGAAUGUCCUGAUCUCCUCAUCUUACCCCUAUGGUCAUACCUGGAAACAAAAAAGUCUGUGUCUUUCUCUCACACGCUCUCGGGAAUAUCAUCAGCAGAUCAUCUCCCCAUCCUCUGUGCACCAUCUUGGCUCAAGUCCUCUGCAGGUUUCCACAAAUUCUAAAUGAUGGGCCUACAUUUCCCAAGGAAACCCUCUUCCGCAUUUAAAUUUGAACUUUGAAAACCUGCCUUGGCAAGCUGGAGCUUACGUGCAAUUUCUUGGACGGGGUAUUUUUGUGUCCAUAUAAGUUAUUUAAAUUAAUAAUAAAACUGAAAAGUAUGGA